AUGAUUAAAAACUUAAUUUAUACAUUUUCAACUAUCGCUAAUCCUUACAAAGUUUUAGGUAUAAAUAAGGGUGCAUCGAUUCAAGAAAUAAAAUCAGCUUAUUAUAAAUUGGCUUAGCUUUACCAUCCAGAUAAAAACAAUGCAAAGGAUGCUGCUAAAAUGUUUACUUAAGUAAAUAAUGCUUAUGAGAUUCUAUCAGAUGAAGUAUAACUAAUAUUAAUUUUAGAAUAAGAAAAGAAUGUAUGAUACUUGUGGUGUAUAAGAUGAUAACAGCAAUGAAUAAGAUUUUGAAGAUGAAUUGAGAGGGAAUGCAAAUGGUUAUUAAUAAAAAGCAAAGAGAAAAUAAUCAAAAGGGAAAUAUUAUUCUAAAUUUCAUUAAGCAGAAUAUGAAACAAUAUUUAAUGAAUUUGAUUAAUUCUUUUAAUAGAAGCAUGGUAAAAAGAAAGCUUAUUAUGCUAAAAAAAAAGGAGAUGAUAUAAAAUUGGGGUUGAAAUUAAGUUUUAAAGAUUCAGUAUUUGGUGGAAAACAUUUAUUAUCUUAUAGAAGAUAGAAAACAUGUGAUACAUGUAAGGGAAGUAGAUGUGCUCCAGGGAAAUCAGCAUAAAAGUGUUUUUCUUGUGGUGGUUCAGGAUGGUUAUUUUAUGUAGAUGGAGGAAGUUCAAUGGAAGUUAAAUGUAAUAAUUGUGAUGGAUGGGGAAAGGUAGUUAGAGAUCCUUGUUUAGUAUGUGAAGGAAGUGGAAUAGUUGAAAAAGAGUUUGAUGUUGAAAUAGAAUUACCAAAAGGAAUUUAAAAUGGAACUAUAAUUAGAUAAACUAGAUAUGGGCAUGCAGUAUUUAUAUUUUUAGAUAUAAUAGAGUAAAUAUUCAGGAGAACCAGGAGAUUUAUUGAUUGAGGUUGAAGUUGAGGAAGACAAUACUUUAAGAAGAGAUGGCAAUAAUAUUAUUAGUGAAUUAGAGUUGAGUGUGAGUGAAAUGGUUUUAGGAUGUAAGAAAUAGAUUCAAACUAUUUGGGGAGCAUUAGAGGUUUACAAUUAAUUUAUAUACAAUAGAUUUCUAUUCCAGGAGCAUAAUAACCUAGGACUAAGUUGUAAAUCCCACAGUAUGGUAUUCAAUAUGGACAAUCUUAAUGGAAAAAGGGAGAUCAUAUUGUUAUUUUGAACUUAGAGAUUCCGUAACAACUAAAUGAGAGAACUAAACAAUUAUAUUAUGAACUUUUAAAGCAAUUAUGA